AGAACGCGCGAUAGAGAGUUGUCGAUGGAGAAGCUGAAGGAGAUCAACAAAGAGAGAGCGAAAUUUGCUGUGAGUUUGACGAGGAAGGAGAUUGAAGAAGAUUUAAUGGAGUCGGUGGGACACAGAACUCCGAGGAAGCCCAAGAAGCGGCCAAGAAAGCUUCAGAGCCAAAUAAAUGUCAUGGAUCAGACAGAGUUAUCGAUAGAGAGGGUUCAUGAGGAAGCAAUUGGGUUUUGUGAGAAAGUGAGGAGUAAGUUGAGUAAUUCCGAUUAUCGUAUGUGCUUUCUAAAACUUUUGCAUGAUUACAGUAAUCGAAAGAUUGACAUUCGUCAAAUGGGGAGUCUAGUUGUUCACACGAUCUCUCAAUAUCCUGAUCUUAUCCAUAUGUUUCUUGAUCUCUUGGAGAAUUGUGAUAAUCUCGGUGGUUGUUAUGCUUACCAAGAAACUGAAAAAACAGUAAUGGAGACUCAGAAAGAAGAUAAAAUAAAGAAAAGAAAAAUGAUGGACAAGCCCAUUCAAGAGAUAGACUUAUCUUAUGGACAACUUGUUACUCCUAGUUAUCGGUUUUUACCAGAAGAGAAAAGAUCAGAGAAGGCAGAUCAAGUGUUGAACAAUCAAAUGGUAUGUGUGCGUCCAGGAAAUGAGUCAUUCAGACAUGGACAUAAGAACAAGUACCAACGAGUCCUUUUUGAAUGCGAAGAUGAUCAAUAUGAAGUUGACAUGCUGUUGAACUCUUUACAAUCAACAAAAGAGAAUAUAGAGAAGCUGUUGAACAAUGUGAAAGAAGAUAAAUUAAACUUGGAGAGUUCUUUUAAGAUUUUAGAUCAUUUCAGUAUUCUGAAUGUAAGGUGUAUUGAGAGGGUGUACAAUAAACAAGGCCAGAGUGAUCAGAUUUUAGAGAAAUUGCAGAAGGAACCACUGGUUGCAUUACCAAUUAUAUUAAACCGUUUAGUGCAAAAGGUAAAUGAGGUUUUUGGAUUGAAAUCAAAAAGGAAGAAGAUAUGGGCUCAAGUGUAUGCUGAAAACUAUCACAAAUCACUUGACAUCACUGAACACUUGUAAGAUCUCAAUUUGGUUUUGGUAUUGUUGAUGGGGUCCUGGUGUUAAAUGCUUGAUAAAGAGGAGAUUGGAGGAGGCAAACUUGAAGAAGUGCUUUAAAAGGAUAGAAGAAAACUGCCACCAAAACUGUAGCAGAGUUCUUCACAAAUGUACCGUUUUCUUCAAAUUAUUUCUUCACUGGAGAAACUUUGUAUCACCUUUUAUUGGUUGAUAUAGUGAAAACAAUUGGACGGUCCUUUCCGUGGAUGUAGGCUUUAAAGCCGAACCACGUUAAAAAUCUGGUGUGCAUUUCUUUUAUUUGCAUUCUUUUGUCUAUCUAUAUUGUUAGUUGGUUUAAUUUCCAAUGCUUGGUGUUCUGUCGCCUUGCUGGUACUGUAAGGAAGUUGAGAUUCUUUUGGCAAUGCCAAGGUGAUGAGUGGUGAGCCUCCAGUGAGGGCUGAACAGGCAAAGAUAAUAGCAUAUGAAGGGGCAGAUGAGCAUGAAGAGAACUUAUCUAUUAAGAGGGAAUUAUCUGACUUUAAUCUCCAAGAGAACUUAUCAUCUUUCUUCAAAAGAGAUGAUGUGAGGGUGAAAGCUCUUGAAAUGCAAACCCCACUUCCAGUUGAUAAUAAUGCAAAUUAGUGAUGAGGGUAUUGUCUUCCCCCCCUCUUCUUAUGUUGGUAAGUUACCAGUAAGAAACAUUGCCCACUCGACUCAGUCGUACAGAUAUCAAUCUUUCGGAGGAGGUUUAGCAUGCCAACAGUGCCAUCCAGUCUCUGAAUUUUUCUUCAACCUGUGGUUCAAAUUACGGGUAUAGGCUUGAAAGUAAUUCCCACAAUCUCACGUUUCUCUGGUCUUCGGUCUGCAACUUUUCAAAGAAUUUAUGGUCCAUAUAACUGCAGGGGUUUUACAAGUCAGAAACCAGGGGGUUUGAGAGAAGAAGAGAUUGGUUGUUAUAUAAGAUUUGGUGGACAAUGUAAUCGGUUUUGCAUAAGUUGAGAAGUGAAUGUCCUUGGCCAUUGCAUCAGAGUUGGAAUCCAACACUGCCACAGGUGGAUUCAGGCCUGGAUAUAAAAUGGAUAGUUUUUAGUUAUGUUUCGGCCAGUAAUGCAGGUUUUGGGCUCACAGGUUUUGUGGUUAGGCGUAUUUCAAGUUCAAAGAAUGGGGGACUCAAUUAAUCAUCCGCA